GAAUCAGUGAUAGUGAUAUGUUGGAUGGACCCUCAAUUAAUUAGGCCUUCUUUUCUUGACCGCACUUUAGUUCUUGAUUGGAUUUUCCGUUCUUCUGUACUUGAUGAUUUUAGGCCAUCUUUUUUCUUAUCUUUCUUCUUCCUUCUCGAUGGCCUGUUCAAUCUUGUUCUUUUCCUUUUUCCUCCUCCUCCCUUUUGUUGUUGAUUCACUUUACUUCAAAUUUACUAGUUUUCGACCAGGUGAUGCCGGGAACAUUGUUUACCACGGGGAUGCAACGCCCGAUGAAAAUGGAACAGUCAACUUCAACAACGCUGCACGUACAUCUCAGGUUGGUUGGAUAACUUAUUCUAAGAAGGUGCCUCUAUGGAGUCCUAGAACUGGUAAGACUUCCGAUUUUAACACCAGUUUCUCCUUCAAAAUCGAUGCUCGUAACCUUUCAGCAGAUGGUCAUGGGAUAUGUUUCUUUCUUGCUCCUAUGGGAGCUCAACUCCCUGCUUACUCUGUUGGUGGUUUCUUGGGUAUGUUCACACGAGAGGAUAUUUACAAAUCUUCAUUCCCUCUCGUUCAUGUCGAGUUUGACACAUUCAACGACCCAGACUGGGAUCCUGGGAAUGUUGGAUCUCAUGUCGGGAUCAAUAAUAACUCGCUUGUUUCUUCCAACUACACCUCUUGGAACGCAAGUGCGCACAGCCAAGAUAUUGGUCAUGCGCAUAUCUCAUAUGAUUCUGUUGCAAAGAACUUAAGUGUGACUUGGUCUUAUGAACUAACAGCCUCCGCUGAUCCAAAGGAGAAUUCGAGCCUUUCUUACAUCAUCGACCUCGCAAAGGUUCUACCAUCGGAAGUUAUGCUCGGGUUUAUAGCCGCUGCGGGAACAAAUACAGAGGAACAUAGACUUUUAUCAUGGGAGCUCAGUUCAAGUCUGGAAAGCGAGAAAGCCAAUAACAGGAUAGGACUUGUAGUUGGCAUUUCGGUUUCCGGGUGUGUUUUCCUGACCUUUUUGGUCAUCACAACCGUGGUGGUUUGGUCGCGGAAGCAAAGAAAGAGGAAAGCAAGAGAGAUGACAAACAUGAUAUCGAUAAACGAAGACCUCGAAAGGGAAACAGGACCAAGAAAGUUUUCUUACAAGGAUCUCGUGUCAGCAACCAACGGGUUCUCACAGCUUAGGAAGCUUGGUGAAGGAGGGUUUGGAGCGGUUUACAGUGGGAAUUUGAAAGAAAUCAAUAUGAGGGUUGCGGUGAAGAAACUAUCGGGUGGUUCUAGGCAGGGGAAGAAAGAGUUUCUAAACGAAGUUAAGGUCAUCAGCAAACUAAGACACCGAAACCUGGUGCAACUCAUCGGUUGGUGUAAUGAAGAAAAUGAGUUUUUACUGAUAUACGAGUUAAUGCCAAAUGGUAGCUUGAACUCUCACCUCUUUGGUAAAAGACCACAAAUACUCUCGUGGGACACAAGGUACAAGAUAGCUCGUGGUCUAGCCUCUGCUCUGCUUUAUCUUCAUGAAGAAUGGGAUCAAUGUGUACUACACAGAGACAUCAAGGCAAGCAAUAUAAUGCUUGACAGUGAUUUCAAUGCAAAGCUAGGGGAUUUCGGGCUGGCUCGGGUUAUGAAUCAUAAGCUUGAUUCCCAUAAAACAGGAUUGGCUGGAACUUUUGGAUACAUGGCACCUGAAUAUGUGAUGACAGGAAGUGCAAGUAAAGAAUCUGAUAUAUAUAGCUUUGGAAUUGUUCUACUGGAGAUUGUGACGGGGAGAAAAUCGUUGGAGCGAACGAAAGAGGAAGAAGAAGAAGAAAACAGUGAUACAGAGAGUGAUGAGAAGAGUCUUGUGGAGAAAGUGUGGGAACUUUAUGGAAAGCAAGAAGAAACGUUGAUUUCAUGUGUAGAUGAGAAAUUGGGUGAGGAUUUUAACAGAGAAGAAGCUCAACGUCUUCUGGUUUUGGGGUUAGGGUGUGGUCAUCCUGAUAAAAACUCAAGACCUUCGAUAAAACAAGCGAUCCAAGUGCUGAGCUUUGAGUCACCAUUGCCUGAUAAUCUUCCAUUGAAGAGGCCUGUUGCUACGUAUUACACCUCGUCUUCUUCUUCUCCCUCGGUUAACUCAAGUGGAGCUUCAAUAACGUUCACAAGCCACGAAUUUGGUCGUUAACUCUAAAAAAUUCUCUCUAUGCUUUAUUUAAUAAUUGUGUUAUAUGCUUUUGAAGCAUCUCUAUUCUUUGUCAUUAUUUUUGGAGAUAUGAUUUUAUAAAACUCUUUUGUAACA